AUGCCCAAGAGAAAGGCUGAAAAGGGGAUGCUAGAGGAGGCAAAGCCAAGGCUGCUUCUGAGCUCCCUUCCGCACCGGCCGGUCUCGGCUGAUCCCCCCUCGGGCCGCGCGGGUCUCGGGAGGGGCCUCGGGGGCGGCGCCACCCGCAGCGCGGGGACACCCUUACGGCCACCAGCGCGGGGCCCGGGCGGGCUCCCCGGGGCGGGCGGCACCAGCUCGGCCCCGGACCCCAGACCCCCGGACCCCGCGACCCCCGGGCCCUGGACCCCGCGCCCCCGGACCCCGCGCCCCCCCGCGCCCCAGGGACCCCGCGACCCCCGGACCCUAGACCCCCGGACCCCCGUGCCCUCCCGCGGCCCCCGUGCCCUCCUGCGACCCCGGUGCCCUCCCGCGAUCCCGGACCCCCGCGCCCUCCCGCGGCCCCCGUGCCCUCCUGCGACCCCCGUGCCCUCCCGCGACCCCGGACUCCCGUGCCGUCCCGAGACCCCGGACCCUCGCAACCCCUGGAGCCCCGCGCCCCCAAGCCCCGCGCCCUCCCGCGCCCCCGGACCCCCGCGCUCCCUGGAUCCCCAGGCCCCGCGCCCUUCCGCGGCCCCCGUGCCCUCCUGCGACCCCCGGACCCCGCGACCCCCGGACCCUGGACCCCCGGAUCCCGCGACCCCCCGCGUCCCCGGACCCCGCGACCCCCCGCGUCCCCGGACCCCGCGACCCCCCGCGCCCCAUGGACCCCGAGACCCCCGGGCCCUGGAACCUGCGCCCCGGGACUCCGCGACCCCCCGCCCCCCAGAUCCCGCGCCCCCCGGACCCCCGGACCCCCGCGCCCCCGGACCCCCGUGCCCUCCCGCGGCCCCCGUGCCCUCCUGCGAUCCCGGACCCCCGUGCCCUCCUGCGACCCCCGUGCGCUCCUGCGACCCCGGACCCCCGCGACCCCGGACUCCCGUGCCGUCCCGAGACCCCGGACCCUCGCAACCCCUGGACCCCCGCGCCCCCGGACCCCCGCGCCUUCCCGCGGCCCCCGACCCCCGGACCCCGCGCCCCGGGCUCCGCCAGCACCUGGGCAGUGCUCCUCGGACGCCCAGCCGCCCCUCUGGGGCCUCGCUUAGGAACCGUUAUUUAGGUUUUCAAAUUCACAGUCAACACCUUGAGCCCUAA